UAAAAAUGUGACAUAAACCUGGGAGUGUAUGCUUUGAGUAUCAACUUCAAUGACUAAAUAGCAAUGCGCUAUGCCAAAGGCCUCUCUUGUACAAAGCAAUCUCUGUCCAUCGGAUCGUAAGACAAGAAUACCGUUCCUAGCUGAUUCACCACCAAGAAAAAAUACUACUAGUGGCGCAAAUGAUACACAACCACAAGGUGGUGCUAGAACUGGUAGGGCAAGCAAUAAGGAAGAUAACAGGUUACAGCGCUCGGAUUUAUCACAAAAACAUCAUCGAAAUGUAAAUGGGCUCAACUAUCAUCGAAAAAGUCACCAACGAUAUGAACCAAGAAGUAGGAAGUCAUCUGAUUCAAAAGUAUCCAAUGACGUUUCACAAUCUAAAAAUUCCUACUUGUGGUCAAAGUUAAAUUUAUCAUCGCUGGACGAAAAUGAAGAAAAGUCUGAAGUGGUUUUAUCAAUGAGACAAACCAAUGUUUUACUUUCUCCGAGGGUUUAUGACGCUGUUCCUGUUUCCUCUACAACGUCACAAGAACGGAUUUCACUCAAUGAACUCAGCGUUAGGAAAUCUCAUGUACAGCAGGUCACAGUGGGCCCUGUGGAAUCAGAUAGCGUUUCUGAUUUGCUGUUCUCGGCAGAAAAUUAUGACCCGAAUGUAACCAAUGAUAACAGAUCUAGAAAUAGUACUAAAGGAAUUGUGACAGACGAAAAUAUUUAUAGUGAAACUGAUGGAUACUUUCCGAAUAAUACAAGAACGAAAAGAAUUAUACAAAACUCAAAUAUCCAGUCUAGGACAGGCAGAAAUAAAGUUGAAACUCUGAGAAAAUCUUCUCUACUGAAACAUAAGAAAACAAGCCCUCGUUUGAGAAAUUUGAGUUCUUCAUCGCACCCCAGUGGCAAUAAUUUGGGCACGGAGUCAAGAACUGGUCAAAGUUUAUUGAAUGGAAAAGAAAAUGAAAAAUAUAAUACUGGUUUUAUUCGCCAACGUUUUCAAACUUCUACUAAUGUGAAGAGAAAUGAGAAAGUUCCAAAACAGAAAAUUCCUCAUGGAUCUCAUUCACAAACAUUUUCUCCAAAAUCAGGGAAAUCUAAUAAAAGCACAACUAUUCCUACUUUUCAUCAAACACCUAAGCGAGGCCUUGAAACAAUAAAUAGUCCAGCCCAUCGAAGUUUUUCAAAUCAAAAUUUGAAAAAUUCACCAGUAUUACCAGGUGAUAGCUUAUACAGUGAGACUCAAGAAAAUGGAGAUUUUCAAACAACCACAAAUGGUGUUCAAAAAGAAAUAUUAGAGGCAGAUAUGGAGCAUUUGAUUAACCAACGAUUCUUAGCUGGACUAAGAGCAGGGGAGCGAUCAUUUUUAGGAGGUUUCCGAAAUUCUGUCGACUCUCAAUUCCUACCAAAUGAAAAUGGUUCACUUUUACUAUCUGGUUUUGAACACGAUAGUGAAUCAGCAUUUUCCGCAGGUGAAAUUAAAGAAAUUUCUGAUGAGUCAUUGCAUGUUUCAGAGCUUGAUUCGAUAGAAGAGUAUGCAUCAAGCGUACUUGACGAUCAUCAUGAUCACCUAUCCAUGGCAAAUCACGAUCCAGAAGUUGAAUUUCACAGAAAUUCAUCGAGACCAGGUGAUUUAAGUCAGCAAUUUGAAGACAGUUUGCUGAGUUCAAGUAUAGAUGAUUACUUUUCUCCAGCAGGUAGCCGUAAUGUUUCCAACGAAAAUUUUGUUGAUGCUGAGAAAUAUCAUUCUGAAAACACUAUGCAUUUACACAGCCCUGUUUCUGCUCCAUCGAUUUUACAGGCUGCAAAUUCAGCACUAUUUUCUCAAGAUAGAGAUAGUUUUCUAUCACCUUCGCCAUCUUAUGGAGUUCAUAACAAUUUAAGCCCAAGGAAGCAAGUUCAUUUCAAAGACCCAAUUUCAAUUUCUACACAAAUCUCACCUCGGCCCAUCAUUAGCUUAGAAGACCUUGGUCUGGGAGAGAAUGCAGUUGACUAUGAUGACGCUGAAAAUGCAGAGCUUAAAAUGAGUAAUCUUUUUGAAGAAGAAGUUUAUGAUGUUGAUGGUUCUCAUAUUUCUGCAGAUUCAUUUCCCUAUUCAUUGACCCAUGACCAGAAUGCAAAUGCAGAUCUCAAAAUUAGCAGUGAUUUGAAAGAUCCUAAAUCUUUUAGUGAAAGGUCUUUGGAUUCAAUAAACCAUGACCAAAAUGCAAACUCAGAACUUGAAAUGAGCAGUAAAUUACGAAGUCAUCCAAUAAGGAAAUUCAAGUCUUCCAUGCAAACAUCUUCAAAUUUAUUGAACCAUGGCGAAAAUGAUAGUACAAGGCCCAAAAUUAGCAGUAAAUUACAAAGUCACCAAACAAGGAAUCUUCAGUCUUCCAGGCUAACAUCUUCAUUGAACCGAAACCAUAAUGAAAAUACAGGGUCCGAAAUUACUAUUGAAUUACAAAGCCAUCCUUUAAGCAAUCUCAAGCCUUCCAGCCAAACUACUUUAGUUGCUUCAACCCCGAAAUCUUCCAGAAUUACUUCUCCCCAUCCAAGAAAAAACUUUCAAAACACAACAAAAACAUAUGCACAGCUUUCUUCGCAUUUACCAACUUCAAAUUUAACAAAAACUCAGGAAAUUCCUUGCAAAAACUUUUCAACACAACCUCAGGCUUCGAUUAUACAGCAAGAGCAUCUACCUCAACUCAAAACCAGGAUUUUUGAAACAAAAUUCACUCCUCAAAAUUUUUCUGCCUUGAGGGAUCAAAGGUUACACAAAAUUGUAGAGAAAAGUCCACCAAAAGAGAGAAACAAUGUAAUUCUCAAAUCAAGGUAUUUCAGAAUCUGGAAAGAGAAUGUCCGGUUGUUGAAAGCAAUCAAGAGCAAAGAAAAUCUGAAGCUAUUGAAAGCAAUAAGUUUCCAAACUUUGACGACGGCCGCAAAACAUUUUAUUGCUUGGAGAAGGUUGAUCCUAAGACAUCGACUAGCAGCAGAUGAACUCAAGAGAUACCAACUCAUAAGGAAAGGAUUUUCAGCUCUGCAUUGGGCAGUUAGUUCAAGAAAAAUGAAAGACAACCAAGUUGUAUCAGCCGGCAGGAGACUGAAGUUUGCCAAAUGCUUUAGGAAAUGGAAGAAACGAUACAAAGUUAAAAGAUAUGAAAACAUCAAGUCAACAUUCACUCAUUGGAAAACCCGUUGUAAGAACAAGAUCAUUAUUGGUCUGUUUGAAAGCAGAAGAGAAAGGAUUGUAUCACUGCAAACGUUCUUCUUCUGGAGGGAAAGAUUUCACAGUUCAAGUCAAUUACAUAUUGCAUCAGAGCAUUAUGAUUUUGUAAUUGUUCGCAGGGCUUGGCAACUAUGGAGAAUCUUUACAGCGGAACGAGUUGUCUUGCGAUCUCAACUAGAAGUUGCUGAUAUCAAGCAUGAAAGUUCAGUUUUAUCUCGUACUCUGCUAAGAUGGAAAAAUACUACAAUAAAGACGCAAUAUGCUCGGAUGUACAAUAGGAAAAAGGUUCUCUCAUUCUCAAUGAAGCAAUGGAAACAUUCAACUUCUUUAUCGAGGAUUCAACAUCGAAAGGAAAUUGCUUCAGCUCGGGAAAUCAGAAGAAAAUGCUUGUUGAGAUCCCAGUUUAGAUCAUGGGUUACAGAACUCAACGUUAAAAGAAUGAAAGAAAAUAUUAAUAUGAAGAAUAUAAGGCAUUGUAUCCUUAUCUGGAAAGGCAGAGUUCAGAAACAUCGAAUUUUUUGUGCAGAGAUAGCGUCCCAAUAUAACUAUGCAAUACUGAGAAAAGCAUUCUGUAGUAUAAAGGGAUAUACUGAAAAUUGCAAGAAAAAAAGGUGUCAAGCGAUCCAAAGACUAGAGCAAUUCUCCUUGCGAAAAUCACUCCUAUCCUGGCACCAAUUUACUAUGAGAAAAGUAAAACUCAGAAACAUGCAGAAAACUUUCCAAGUUAGAAAUAGGAAGAAAUGCAUGGAAUCUCUAUCUCACAUCUGGAGAACGAAGUUUAAUAUCAUACAGGCAGCGCAAGAACAAUACCGACAGUGGACGAUACGUUGUGUACAAAACGCAGCUUAUAAAUGGUUGCAUUUAUUGAGAUUGAAACAAAUGGACAGGAAAUGUGAUAUGCAGAUUGUGAGAUUCAGUAAGAGGAGAUUGAGAAAUCGAUUUGAAUCUUGGAAACGGAAGCUUCACAAAGAGAGGAAAUCAGAGCAGCGAGCUGCUGAUGGCCGAGUUGUUUUGCUGCGACACAAAAUGAGAAGAAUUUUGAGAAAUUGGAAUCUGAGAGCGCAGGAAUCAGUGAACAUAAAACCUUUGAUCGAAAGAAUGAAUAGAAGGAGAGUUACACGAUAUUUCGAUGCCUGGGCAUUAUUACGAAAUCGCCAAGUCAUGAAAGAAAAUAUGAAUCAGCUAAAUCAAACCCACAGUUUGCAAAAAAGUUUCCAGGUAUGGAAAAAUAAAUUGAAUGACAGAAAUAACAUUGAGAAAGCUGAAGAAAUGCACGAAAAAAUAAUGAAAAGAAGAGCAUUGAAGGGAUGGAAAAAAUUCUUGUUUCGUUGCCAUGGAUAUGCUGUAGUCUCAAAUCAGCAUCAUCGGAUGCUAUUACUACGACUCUUCUACACAUGGGCUACAAAGACUACGUUCAAACAGAUUGAAGAGUCGAGAAAACUUCAUGAGCAUUUCUUAAGACAAGUGAAUGCCCAUGAAAUACUUGCCAGAUGGAAUUCAGCAACGAAACAAAGGAAGAUAAAUGAGGAAGACAAUAUUCAAGGGUUCAGAGAAAAGCAUGACCUUUCAACCAAGAGUUCAAAGUUCAAGUACUGGUCUGCUGCAGCUUUCAAGCAACAAAGAGCAAAGAAAUUUGCUUCCAUGAAUACAAAGAAAAAAAUUAAGGAACUCUUUAUUGCUUGGAACACAUUAACCAGUGAGAACUUUCAGAAAAAAUUUGAAAAGUUUUCAUCCUCACUUAAAAUGUUGAGACGAGAAAUACCUCAAGCUUAUCCAAUUUUAAAAGCCGUUCAAGUGGAACAUGAUGUCACAGGAAAUGAUGUCAUCACUCAGACAAGUUUUAAUGAUGACGUAACAAUGACAAAUGAUGAAACUAAUCACAAUGACACAGAAAUUAAAUCAAGCUCUUCUGAAACUGGCUUCUCUGAGACUAGCACAAAAAUCACUCAACUGGAACACGAUCCAGACUUCCUAGAGACUAGAGAAGCCAAUCGCACUUCUGAAUCAACAAAUUUAAAACGAAUCAAUUCUGAUUUGGACACUCACUCAAUAUUCUCAUCUUGCUCAAUAGGAACUCAAAACUCAGAGAACAGCAUCCUACAAAAUGGGUGUGCUGAUUCAGGGAUACUGCUUCGAGACUACAUUUCCACGGCAACCUCAGAACAAGAUGAAAUCAGUUCUGUGAAUAGUGUAAAAGUUAAUGGAUUUCAACAAACGGGUCCAGAAUUGAACUAUAGCACUAUACAGAAUAAUUUAGUAUUGGAAGAAACGGAACCUAUCACUCUACAAGAUUUAGAAUCAGACCACAAUUCUGGGUCUUUAUCUGAAACGAAAGACGUAUCUUUGCCUAGUCAAAAACACCAUCAAAAUGGAACAGAUAUCCAAACUGAAUGUACACACGAUACACAUGGAGAUUCUAAAAAUGACCUGGAAAGUAAACUCGAACAUCAGCACUUGGAGUUAAUAGAUGCUCAAACCCAAUUUACAAACGAUCGGCAGAAGAAUUUUGAAAAAGGUCAUCAGCCCUCAGAUGUUACAUGUGUGAAGACAGUAAAUGCAGGGAAAAAGUCACCAAAUACUGAAAUUGAAACUUGUAAAUCACCAAUAUUGCAUCACAACGUUAAUCAUACAACACAACAACAAAGUACACAAACAAAACCAACACUGCCAGCAUGUGGUGACGCCUACUUGCAACCUGUAUUGAGUGAAUUCUCACAUAUGUCAUUUCUACCUAUUCUCAAUUCCCACCAAAGAACCCACGUUCCACAGAACGAAAAAGAUGAGAUUGGAAAUUACGUCAAUGAUCAAACACUUAAAGGACAAGCAAAUACAUCUAAAAGUUGCCAAAACGGUCAAAAUAACCCAAAAUUUCACGAAAAAUCAACUGAAAUUUAUGGAAAUGAUGAAUUCUCGAACAGUGCCCCAAUAACAACAAAUAUAGAAGCAGGGAAUGGUGAAUGCCAGCAAGAUAUUCCCAGAAAACGAUCAAAAAUACCUGUAUCCCUAUCAAAAAUUACCCCAAAGAAUAAUUCCACUCCGAAGCAUUCAAAAAAUUACUCAAAAACAGCCAAUUCAGAAGACCCUCCUCCAAGCUCACAAUCUGAGACCCCAAAAUAUAGAAUAUCUCCAGAAAGAAGCCAUUUUUGUGUUCCGGAUUGCGCAACACUCCCGAAAAAUGUCUUAGAACAUGAAAGAUAACAUUGAAACAGCUAAAGUUGUC